GCCCUUGCCUCGAUUAGCCAAGCGGGCCGUCAGUCAUUCAGGUGCAGCUCGCCUUUUCUGCAGGUGUGGGCUCUGGUUGGGGUUGGAGUCGCGCUCCUGCUGGGAUGUGUUCAUACUUUCCAAAGCAGUGAAGCUGCGCCGACUUCCGAUUGGCUCCUUGGGGUCCUGGCAGGCGCUGGCGAGGGAUUUCCUUCUGGGCAAGCUGCUUUGGGCGAUGCUGCAGCUGCUGACGCGACCCAGGAGUCAAAGGGUCAAUAGCAGCCCCUGUUGACCAUCGAAGCAGCAGCAGCAGCAGCUCCAAAAUGAAUCGAGCCCCUCCCGGGGUAGAUCUGAGUUUCUUAAACGAGGAGGAAGCCAAGCAGAUCUUCCAAGUGCUGGAGCGGGACACUCAGCUCAAAAGGGCAGAGAAAGAAAGGAUCAGCAAACUUCACAAAAUAAAGAAAGAUGCGACCGAGCAUCCAGGAGUGACUGGAGAAUGGUUUGAAGAAAUGCAGAGGCGAAAAUUCCAGACUGACGCAAACGCUGGCAGAAUGCUAAAACAACCACUAGCUCACAGGCUGCGAAAGGCCCUCCGAAAUGAUUCUACAAGUGCAAAGCCCGCUCCCCUGCAGGUCCCACAAGCCCAGAAGAAUGCAUCACCUUCCCUCCUGGGAGGGCUGCGUACGCCUUUUGCUUCUCUCUUCUCCUCCUUCAGAAAACCCAAAAGGCAGCCUCCAAAGCCUCCGCCUCAGGAGCAGCAAUGCCCUACAAGAUAUGACCAUUUUGCUCUGGCUGCUCAUCCAUCUUCCAAAGUGGAGGAAAUGGCAAAGACUGAAACAGGUGACUCCCCGUCGCCUUUUGAACCAACAAAUAAGGGUUGCGAUUCAACCAAAGUUGAAGUGGAGGAAAACAUGUCUACAUGGAAUGAGCAGCUAGAAAAUGAGCUCUUGCGAGUUCUGGGCAAUCUGGAUGACCAACUGGCACGGGAACAAGCUCAAGAUUCUGUGAACAGGAAGACUCCCACUGACUAUGGCUCUAGAGCACCAGACACCAAUCAACACUCCACUAUUACUAGACCAACAUUUCUUGGAAGAGUACAGAGAAAUGACCGGAGCAUGUUUUUGUCAGAUGGAACAAGGACACUGAGAGCCAGAGAAGAACACAAAACUCCUGUCAGACCAAGGAUGUUUUAUGAUACAUAUUUUAAAAGGCACCAUGCAGAAGACUAUGCUUACUGGGAUGUUGGGUCUGGGUCUACUACCUUGAAGAGAGGGCACUCCACACGUUCUCUUGGACAAUGCUCAGAAGGUUCCCUUGGAUAUUCCUCAGCAACACCCAGCAAUGGAUUUGGGCACAAGGACUUCAUGUAUACAGAUAACGUUAGCAGGAGUUAUUCUUUGUCUUGUCUUGCAAGGCGCCAGUCGUUGGGAUCUGCUGACCAGCUUUCCAUAGUUGGCCUACAACAUCCUUCAGCAAUGGAAGGCAACGGAAGAUUCACACAAAGGAACUGUCGCCUCUAUCCAAGGCGGACUCCCCUGUCUUCUGUCGUAUGGAAUGCACCACAGUCUUCUGAACAUCCACAAUAUCCAGAGAGCCUUCUUAGGACACGGUCGUUAAUGGAAUUUGGCCCAGCUGUUGAAGAUACAUAUCCUUGUGCUCUGCAGGAGAAUACAAGAUAUGAAUUUUACCGCUCAAAAGUCAAUUACAGAAGAACAUUAUCAAAUACCAAUUAUUCUAGUGGGGUCAGUUUCGCUGACAAACGUCCAGAUCCUCUGCGUUUUGAUAAUCAGGAUAAUUAUGCAUUGCAUCAAUGGGAAAGGAAUAUUCCCAGACCCCACUACAGAUAUCCACCACUGCAUGGUAGGAUGAAUCUGUCCCGCAAGAGUUUUCCUUGUGAAAGAUUAGGGCAGCCGCUUUUUAGGCCUGAUGGCCACCAGUAUUACAAUGAUGAAGUCUUUUUUGCCUCAGAUGCCAAUUUUGAAAGUAACCCAGCUAAUCUAAAUGACUACCAAAGUCCCUAUGCAAAAAACAUUAGUUUAUGGCAACGUGAGAGUGAUGCACAGAACCAUGUCUUGGGAUACACAAGGAGCAUGAAUCGUUCAGAAGAUGCAACAGCCAGAUUAUUUUCAAGGCAUGCAAAAGGCAUGCAUAACUGUCCAAUGUAUAAUUCAACGGCUGCUUUGCCAUUUGUCAAAGCAAGUGUUUCCAAUGAGCCUGGUUUAUCAGUUUCAAAGGACAGGACAGAAUAUGCAGUUCAGAAACAAAAUCUAUUAGUUGGGGCUGGACAAAUCUCCUCGAAGCCUUUGGUUAUGCACACUCAGACUAAGCAGAACUUUAAAACAUUUGCCUCAGAUGAUAUUAAGGGUACUGACCAGUCAGGUAGCGUGGGCAGUGGAGAUGCAAAAGAAGGGACAUUUGAACCAGUUUCUCAGCAAAUAGAUUCAAAUAGUCCAACAGAACCUUCGAUAGCUCCUUCUAAGAACUCUUCUGUAACUGUCCCACAGAAUAACGUGCUUCUUAAACCACCACUCCCAUCGGGCUCAGAAAGGCAAGCCAAAUCAACUUCUAAAAGAGAAAUUGAAAAAAUGCAUUCAUCAAGCAUUCGCAACAGAAAUGGGCAACAAAAUGAAGGUGAUUGUGCCACAAACUACUGUGAUCAAAUGUCUCUCCCACCUUCUGUUACUGGUAACUGCACAAGGGCGCCAAUUCCUCAAAGUCUGCAGCAAGAAGAGCAUCAGUCAGAAAGCUUGAGAGCAUUGGGGCACAAUAAGAAGUGCAAGAAUAUUUCUGCUCCUGAUUCCAGCAGAGGCCCUGAAAUAUUUACAGAUGAGCAGUUACCAGAACCUUGCACUGAAAAGUUCAGCAGACGGAACAGCUUUGUUAGACAUGCCACCACCACCAAAAUCACUGGCUCUCCAAGUAACAGCCCUCCCAAAUCCCCUAUGAUAUAUUACAACUUACCUAGAAAAUCAGCCAGUAUUGAUGGUAGUGUUUUAUUGGAAAAACCUAUGUCUUCCGCUAAAAGACCCAUUAAAAACCUAAUUGCUAUGGGGAAUAAUUUUGACAGGCAUAUAUCAAAUAGACUUGAAAACCUUUAUUCAAAUCGAGAUAAAUUAUCCUGUGUAAGUCCAGCCAGUUCUUCCUUAAAUCCAUCACCAAAAGAAAACACUCCACAAAUUAGAGACUGCCAUUUGCUGUCAACCCAAGAUCCUAGGCACAGAAGUACUACUGAUGUAAUUUCCAGUAAAUCAGGAAAAGGGACAAUGAUAGGUUCUCCAGAGAAAUCUGAAGCUCCUGUAUUUUCUGAUUGUGAGGAAACCGAUGAGGGAAAUCCUUUACAGCAGUACAAAACUACUAGUAAGCUUACAGUUAGCAUUGAGGAAGAUAAUGUCCAAUACCAUGAGCUGAUUUCCGUUUAUUAUACCUUACCACGGAAACAAUCUAGAACAUUGUGGAGUCUCUUUCUAGAUGAUACCAAGAACACAGAUUCUUCCCUACCCUUAGAAAAUUAUCGAGCUCCUCAAAAGAAAUAUGAAGUUCGCAUUGGUUUAGCAAGUGUUGCUUUUCCUUCCAGCUUAGAGAGAGAAGAAAAAGCAGGUUCUCCUGGCAAAAUGCCGGUCACUCAUGGUAUGCCACAGAACUCAGAAAUUCCAGAUGAUCCUGAUAAAGGAGGUCCUGAUGUCAUAAGUCCUACCACGGAGAGAGCAAGUGCAUCUCAGGCACAAAGCACCAUGUACCACAGAGGAGGACUAGGAGUUCAGACAGAAGCCCCAGUACUGGUACGUUCCAACAGGAUAGCUUUAAAUGACCCUCUAAGUGAACUGAAACCCAGGGUUACAGUGAAUGAAUCAGUUAAUAUCAUUACCAAUGCACUGGGCAAACUACAUAUUGGCACAUGUCCUUCGCCAUUGAAAGAGAGCUCUGAACGUGACAACACAUUAAGCUUCAGCUCAUCAAACCCUACAGACACAAAAAUCCCUUUAGAGAAUGUUGCUGCAGCUUCUUUUGCAAUGGAUGCUCAAAAGGAGAGCCUCCUGUGCUGUCAGCCAUCUGCUAAAGCAACAAAGAGCAACAAGUUACAUAUUCUACCUUCCCGUUCAAUCGGUAGCAACCAGGAAGGGAAAUAUGCUGCAAACCCAGCAACAGACAUCCUGGAAAACUCUGCUGGAGAGAAAACUAGACAAAAUGCAGAGGUCAAAGAAAGAGCACGUUAUAUAUGUCAUAUUAUAUCAAAGAAGGGGAAUGGAUUGCAGCCAAGAAAUAAAAGUAUUAGAAGUGGCCUAGAUGAAGCAGUUAUUUCAGAGACCAAGGUGUGCUCAGAUUUCCAGAAACAAACAUUUCAGUUGGAUGCAGCUUCCAAAGUUAAUCUAGCUCUUCAGACAAAUAUCCCAGAGAGGAUUGCUUUGAAGCAUUCAAAAACUGAACAAGAGGAGACGCCUCAGAAUUCUCUGACAUAUGAAGACUGCACACACUUACAGAGCUUUGAGAAAAACUCUGUAGAUAACCAGAACGUUAACUCUAAAGAUCAGUUCUCAAGUACCACACAGGAUUUGCUUAACCGUUCAGCAACUGAAAAUAAGCUUAUAUUGGAUUGCAUGAAAGAUAAAGCUAGCGACAUAGAAAAAAGGAAAAAUAGGCCCUCAAUUAAAAACAAACUGGCAGCUAUGUACAAAACAAGCCGGAAGUUUUCUAGCAAGAAAAGCUUAAGUCCCAAGCCACAUAUAAACAGUAUAUUUUCACAGAAUGGCGCCCCUUCUUUGGAGAUCAGUGAAUCUCACGGCAUGUUGAUUUCACCUGAUGUUCCCCAGUCACUUCUGCAAACAGGUAAUGAGAACCAGAAUCUGAACCCUUUGCCUGAUGAACUUGAUAACAUUGUGCUUGACCAAUUAGAGAAUAAGAAAUCACAAAUUAAUGAAGGCCCUCUCUUGGUUACCAAUGAAAGUAGAAGGCCUUUUGCAAACCUGUGUAACCAGAAAAGGGAGACUGGCAGUGUUAGACAAAGUGAUAAAAAAACGAUAAACAGCCCACAAAAUCUCACAGCAUUGUUUCCAGAAGAAAUAGUGUCUACACUUAAUAUUUCCCAAGCGCGCAUCAAGGCUUUAGAAAACAACAAUCGCUCUGUCUUCUCCAGAAUUACAGCUGCAGAUCUUGGUCAAAAGAAAAAAGACAUUAGUAAUGUUAGUGAGUCCUCAUUUUCCCAACAUUCACCGGACAAAAUCUCAAACCUUCUUAUGAAAAAUGACUCAAAGUCAAAUAUUUACCAACCACAAAAGGUGGUUUCACCAACAGGAUACAACCAUGAUCAAAACAUCAAGCAGUCAAACAGGCUAAAUCGAAACCUACCCUGUGUUGAGCCAGUUGUGAAUCUUGGCAAAAUGCAACGUGAACGCCACUUUUCUGAAACAUCUUAUGCACGAGAACCCCUUGAUCACCAGGCCUCAGGGAGCAACUUCAUACGUCACAAUAGUAGGUACGGUCGUAAGUUUAAAUCCUAUUCUGAACUGCUGUCUUGUGAUGAGAAUGAGAACUGGGAGCCAUAUAAUGACAGUAACAGGACCUUUGGUUCUAGACGUGUGAUGUACCCAUCAAUUGAAUUUGGCAUUUUUGGGAAAGAACAGCAACAGGCUUUCUUGGACAAUAUAAAGAGAUCGCUUACUGAAGGACGGUUGUGGAGGCCAUGUCUUUUAAAGAACCCUGGUUGUCUGAGAAAAGAAGAGAGUGGUUCUUUAAAUAUGUCUGAGCAGUUAACCUCAAGUUUUGCUGAGAGAAAUGCAUCAGCAGAAGGCUCGUCUCUAAGUGAGCCAACUGAUGUCCAUGGGAAAGGCCCUGUGGAUUAUUCAGAUUCAGACUCCGACACCACUACGGAUGAUGAAUAUUAUCUAGAUGAUGGUGAUAAAGAAUCAGAACUUUGAGAGGCUAUAAGAUGAAGAAAAAACUUUAUCUAAAAGUUGCCUUGUCAGUUCUUUGGGAGUGUAUAAAGUAUUUGGAAUUGAGAGCCUGAACAGACACAUGUAACUGUGCUGAUUUGACCGGCAAUCUUAAAUACACACAUUGUUAUGAUCACCCUACAAAUGACAUAAUGGUCUGGUUCACACAAUCAUUUGAAUCUAGGUUUAAUAUAAAUUGUCAGAAUUAUUGUGAUUGUGUGAACCCACACCAGGGCGGGAAUCUUGGAUUACUCUUGAGCCAUAAACCACCUUGGCAAGGGUUGACACAAUCACACUAAUGUCAGUAAUCUACAUUAAACCUAGAUUCAAACUAUUGUGCAAACCAGGCCAAUUUGUUCUACAAUGUGCAGUCUUCAAAAGUACAAGCAUGGCUUGUAUUAUUGUCCCGCUUUCUAAUUCCAUCAAUCCUUACCUUCCUUCUGCACCCUUUUUAUGUUUUUUUUUUUUUAGCAAUUUAUUGGGGAAGUAAGUAAGCUAAAUAGAUCAUUAACAUGUUUUCUUGUAAUUGGGAAAGCAUGAAUCCCAUUAAAAUGAGUGGGGUGGCAAUGAAGAAACGUUUGGUAGCCUGCUUCCUAAGAGCAUGGACAGUCAAACAAUUUUAAGUCUCUCACAUAUCAGUACACACUUUCACUGAAACCAGCAGGACUUGAAAGUGCAUCACUUUGACUGUAUGUGCCCUUGUUGGUUUAAAUUAACUAGUACCAACAUUUUAAAAGUGGUACUAAAAACUAGUACUUUAAAAAUACUUCGUUAAAGAAGUGUAUGUGUGAGUUGUGUGUGUUCUUUAAAUACUAUAUUGUUUUGGUAUUGCUGUUUAUUGUACAUGAAAUGACUAAUAAACUACUUAUUUAUGCUCAAAGUGGUUUAUACAACUGUAACUAUUCUGAUGGGAUUUGAAAGUGCAAGGUGAUAUGCAUUAUUGUAAAAAAUAGAUAAAUAUAAAUUAUUUUGACAAAUAUUCUAUGUAUAUUAGGCCCAUGGGCCUAAUAAAUAUAAAUAGCCUUUUGUAUCAUAACACAAGUCUUUGAAUUAAAGCUGAAAUGUUUUAUGAGGUUGUACUGCAAAAAGCUAAACAUUCCACAUCAGAAGGAAUUCAGCAUGCAUAGCAAGUGCAUGAAAUAAAUGUUUACAUGGACAUACAGUAAAAUGAUUAUAUAA